AAAAUGGCGGAAGCGGAUGAUGAAGUGGAUUCUGAACACAAUGGCGGUAGAAUCAAGGAGAAUUGUCCAAAAUAAUAUAAAAUGGAGUAAAGUAGUGUACAGUGAUGAGAAGAACCCUUCAUAUCUAGUAGGAGUACAGUUUGUUAAUGAAUGAGCAACUAAGCAGAGUACCAAUCUUGAAGAAACCAUUUGUUAUCCAAACUGGUGGAGAGAGUGCUGGGUAAAGUGAAGGCUGUGAGGAUCACGAGAGGUGGCCCUGUUUAUAUAUUUUUUUGUGCUUCCGCGGAUCAGAAAGAACGUGCGUUGUGUCUGAACCGAUUUGAUCUGUUUGAAGUGUCGUGUGUCUCUUUGGAACAGGGCACCCCUCAAGGGGGUUAUAUUUGGCGUCUUGUGGUCGAUUUUGGAGAGAUUAAAAAUAUUCCUGGGGUGAUUUGAAACACGUCGGAUGAAUCGUGUGGUGAUUGGUGAAAAAGUGAGGAGUCUAUGUUUGUUUUAGAAAUGGAGUCUCUCCCUACUCAAGUGCAGUUAGGGUAUAACUACAGAGUCAGAGCAUUUAUCCCAAGACCAAUGCAGUUUGAUCACUGUGAAGCUUUUGGUCAUGUAUCAAGUGUUUGCAGAUGAGAGAAGCCGAGAUGUCCAAGUUGUGGAAAAAAACAUAUGUGUUAUAAAAGUAAUGAAUAUGGCACAUGUUGCAAUUGUGGUGGGAACCAUGAAGCCACGUCUUUUGAAUGCUCCACAAUUGUGAACGAGAAUGAGGUGGCCAAAGUCAGGGCUGUGCAGAGCAUUUCAUAUGCAGCAGCUGUGAAAAGGGUUGCGGGUUUGAAUGGUGCACCAGAAGAGUCCAUGGUGGUGGAUAGGCCUGCACUGCAGGCUGCAGGGGUUGCCUUUCACCAGCAGGAUCCUGACAUUUUAAAGGUUAAGAAGGUGGACUUUUUGGCCUUUAUUGCUAUGGUAAUUAAUGGCACUGCCAAGGUGGAGAGAAAGUUUAGGAAGAUCAAAUUCAUUGUGGAUGCACCUCAGAGCGGUUCCUGGGGCUGGAAGACUUCUCAGCAAAAUAUUUAUAUGGAAUAUUGGCGCAAGCCGUACCACCUUCUCAGGUCUUAGAGCCUGAGAAGGGACACAUGUUGAAUUGAAAGAAGGAAAAAGUGGGAGUUUUGUUUGUUUUGGCAAUGUACAAUUAUAUUAGGGUGGAUUAAGUUUCACUAUUACUUAUACAUUUAUUAUUUAAUUGUAUUUUGGGGGAGGGGUUUCAAACCGUCCAGUUGGUGGCGGCAAUACACCUUUUUGGGUGUAGUCUGCCAUAAAACCCACAAGAAGAAGAAGAAGAACUUCUCAAACCGGAGAUAUAGAAGACUGAUCGCUUCUCCGCAGCUGGCAGGAUGGCCCUGUCAGACAACAAGGCUCUGGUCCUGGGUGUGUUGGCUGGAGGGGCUGGCCUCAGCCUGGGCACUGUGUUGUUGUACAACAGUAGGAGGGCCGUGCCAACGAGUGGACAUGGUGUGCACAGUAAGCUGUACCUCAGCAGUAAUGACCAGCGGGUGACUGGAGCCAGUAUGGUGGUCAGGGAAAUGCCGGGUCAGGCUGAGGUUCUAGAUCGUCUCGCAGCGCUGAUCCAGUGUGUGUCAGAGCUGAAGGAUGAGGUGCGGGCCCUAAAGAGUGCCAUCCCAAAGCUGCUGGAUCACGUCAGGGAUGAGCUGAGAGGACGCAGCGGCCGGGCUGAGGGGGCUGUGGCUCGCGUAAGGGCAGGCCCACCAAACCGAACUACACCCACACGUAGGAGGAAAGUUGCAGGGGGAGUGGCCAGAGCUGGAGGCCAAAGCUCUGAGGAGGAGGCUGAGAGUGAAGGAGGGUACAUAACAGCUUUAACUGACUCUGAGGAAGAAGAGCAGAUUGAGGCUGAGGGUCAGAGUCUGUAUGAAGUGACUGUGAUCGAGCCUCUGAAUGAGUUCUCAGCCCUUCUGGAGAGGGUGGACGCUCUACACAAAGGCAGCGAUGGAGACAAGAGGGAGUGCCUCCGCACCAUGCUGGAUAAGCGGGAGCAGUUUGGACAGAACACUACGUUCUUAUGGCGACUAGUUCGGGCCUACGUGGAUGUUCAUGACAUCACUACCAACCUAGAGCAAAAGAAGACCCAAGCAGAAACUGGGAAGAAAGUUGGAGAGGAAGCCGUAAAACUGAACCCUUUGUGUGCCGAAAGUCAUCAGUGGUACGCCAUAAUGUGUGGCAUCAUGACAGAGUAUGAGACUGUGCAGAACAGGAUAAAGAAUGGCUACAUCUUCAAAGAUCAUUUGGAUAAGGCCAUUGAGCUGAAACCACAAGAUCCUAUGUCUUACUACCUGCUCGGCCGCUGGUGCUAUGCUGUGGCUCAGCUGUCGUGGAUUGAAAGGAAAGUUGCUGCUACAUUGUUUGGAGAGCCUCCGAAUGCCACGGUCCAAGAUGGUCUGAAGAACUUCCUCAAGGUGGAGGAGAUCAGUCCCAAGUACUCCAAAUUAAACUAUGUGUUUUUAGCCAAGUGCUACAGAGACCUGGGGCAAAAAAGUCAGGCCAGGAAGAUGUGUGAUGCUGCUACUUCAAUGGAAACCAUUUCCAAAGAGGAUGAGGAGGCACAGAAGGAGCUGGACACCCUUCUCUCUGCUCUAGGUGUUAAUUGAGGACAUUGUGGAAUGGCUCCAUCCUAUUGCAAGGGAGGAACCCAGGAUACUCUUCACUGGAAAACACACUAUGAAGGGAAGCCAAUCCAUGUCUUACUGUUGGGACAGUAUCUUCCUCGUGCUCUCUGGGAUUGGAGAUGACUGGAUCGGCUGUGCGUACUAGGGAACAGUUUUCUGGAGAACAAACUUAUCACAAACAUGUCAUGAUGUCUUAUGAAUGCAUAGUGCUUUGACAUCUGUUCGCUAAAGAGAUUGUGGGUAAAAGGGACAGUUGGACCUAAAUCAAUCAAUGGUGUUGGUCCCAAUGGGAUAUACAUUAUCGACCACCUCACAUCAAUACAGUCAGCAAUUAAGUGUAGGGGACCAGGCAAUACAUUUUAUGAAGAUUUUAAUAAUUAUACUGAAGUUGUUUUCAAUACGAUUGAUCACCUGUAUCAACCCAAACAAAUAUAUCCAAAACAAAAACAUAAUCAUUUCAAACCUUGCUUACAUUUGUAUACAAUCACAUUAUCUCUAUUAUGCGUGGGAAUACUUGGGAACAGAUUUUCUAAAAUAAAAUGACUUGAAGCUGAUUUCCUGGUGUAUUUAGUCUUUUAUGUCCAACAAUGAAAAUUCACAAUAAUAAAAACAUGUAUUCAUUUUUGCUCAGAAAAUGUUGAGGUCAAAAUAAAACUACUGGCGGACCAAAUUCGGCCGAUGGGCCAGUUGGGGAACCCUGGCUUAGCCUAAGAACUGCACAUACACAAGUGUGUUUUAAAGAGAUUCUGACACAAAUUCCUCAACAAUAAAGACCUAUGGUUUUGUGAAAGUGAUCCCACAGAACUUGUUGUUCCCUCCCUCCCGCCAUGUUCUGUUUCUGUUUUGUCUCUAGCAGUGCAUUCAAGUGGCAAUAACAAACCCGUUUUAAACAAAGGUGCAACCCAAACACAGCUCUCUGUCGCACUGUGACUACCGAGUGACAUUCUGUCCCUUUUACCCCCUGAUUGUAAUGUAACUAUACGGCACCAUAUUCCUUAAUAAGGUACACUAUACUAGGGAAUAGAAGCUCUGGUCAGAUGAAAUGCACUAAAUAAGGAACAGGGUGCCGUUGCAGAUUCAAGCUUGGCAUUAUUUGACCUGCAUUGAGUGUAGGUUACCAGGUCUUGUGUUCCUGUCACUGCCUGUGCAUGGACAGAGAUCAUGGUCACAUCAUUUUAAGAUGAAGGGGUUGAUAGGGGUGGCAGGGUAGCCUAGUGGUUAGAGUGUUGGACUGCUAACCAAAAUGUUGCAAGUUCGAAUCCCCAAGCUGACAUGGUACAAAUCUGUUGUUCUGUCCCUGAACAGGCAGUUAACCCACUGUUCCUAGGCCGUCAUUGAAAAUAAUAAUUUGUUCUUAACUGACUUGCCUAGUUAAAUAAAGGUAAAAUAAAAAUAAAAUAAAAAUAGGGAAUGAAACGUGACCCCUAGACGGCUCCUUGGUCCUCACAUUCACACAAGGUUGGGGUUCUGCUCAUCACAUUCCAGCUGGCUCGAGGACAUUUUUGAGCAUAGAAUGACAUUUGAGAUUAGAUCUUGUCGCUUAAUAGUCCAUGGGCAAUGUGCAUGUCAGAGAUUUUAUAUCGUAGGCGAUAGCUUUUACUGAAUUUUGAAUGCUGUUCUAUUCUUUUUUUUGUGUGUUAAAAAAAUGCAAAUGGUGAGAUGGAUUUUUAUACUUUCAGUAUUUUUCAUUUGUAUGGUUUCUUUUUGGGAUUACUGGGAGGAAAGCAUGGGCUAUAAGAAUCUGUGGUUCUUUAUUAUUUCUCUUAAGUAUAAUUUAGUCUUCUGGAAACCAUUAACUGGUGUGUACUUUAUCCAACAGGUGAACUACAAGAAUGGUACUUGUUUUUGUUUUUGCCUAAUAAGUUUUUCUAUAUUCCAGCAAUAUGAAUGUAUGCUUUAGUUUUAUCUAGGGUGGUGCACAUUGCAGUGAAGUAAAUUAUAUUGUAAAUGAAAUACAUUAAACAUUAUAUAGACACCACUGAUCAAUGGUAUUUGAGUCUGCCAUUAGUCAAUAAAUAUGUGCAAUCUUGA